GCCUAGGGGGCCAAAUACUAUAGACAACUUCCCAUGGUUUGAUCAAACCUUUGAAUCAGUAACUUCAUCUGUACAUACAACUUUCUACUGUAACAGUAUAUGGCAUGUGCUCGACUAACGGACGAGUGGUUGAAAAAAGUUCACUCCAAGGAGUCGGAGAUGAUCAUAAUGUUUUUCCUGCGCUUUUUACGUGCUGGAUAUCGCUGUGUAUGUAAUGUAGGUCAGGAGUUCAUACAUAGAUACGGGUCAGGACCUCUUGCAAACAGGUUGGUUCAGUCCAGUUCAUCGGAGGUGAGAGGACACCAUUUUUUUUACUGUCGAGCAUGACGUGACGGAGUUCGUCAUCCUGAAGUCGUAUAUCAUCUUCAAGUACCCUCUGAAGUGCCAGAGAAGGACAUGCUCGUUGAUGCAAACGUCCUAAACAACCUCACUUAGGAAAUAUCUGACUCCGGGUCCGCAAAGAAGCAAAAUGGUGACAACAACUGAUUACCGAAAAAUGACGGAAGGCUCCAGCUUUUCAAAGACAGUAGUUAAUCUUAAAUCUGCUGCCAGUCUGGUGUUGUCUGUGUCUUCUGCGUUCCUGAGCGCCCUCGCAGCACAUUUCAUGACCUUGAGUAGUCAGGCAGGCGUGCCCGGGCUGCAGCUGAUAUUUCUCGCCAAACUUGCACAGUUCCUAUGCGUUCUCGUGGUCCUGCCAUACUUCAGGCCGAAGCUGACAGCUGAAGACACACGGCAAGGGAUGGUCCUGUUUCUGUUAGCUGUGAUUGACAACUUGGGAACCAUCUUGGUAUUCAUGUCCUUCGUCUACGUCAUGCCCGGACUCGCCUUCGGGAUCAUCCAAGGACUGAUUCCACUCUCCACCGCCUGUAUUGGAUACAUUUUCUUGAAAGAACGUGUGGGUGUCAUCGACUCCUGUGGUAUCCUUUGCAGCGUAGCUGGAGUUGUCCUCGUCGCGGUGGGGAUGGCCAUGGGGGCCGCUCCGUCCACACAUCGGCUCACGGUCGCCAUUCUUCUGCCUAUUGUAGCAGCUUUCUCCAGGGGUCCACAUAACGUUAUUACCCGGUUGCUUGUCGGGUUCCGGGCGGUGUCUGUACUCACCGUCACGUUUUACGAUCAGCUGCUGGGAACAGUCUUGCUGCUGCCGGGGACGUACAUGUUUGAGACACCGCGGUGGACAUUGUCGGCACCGACAAUAGGGUACGUCAUCGGACUAUGUCUAUGUGACUCGUUGGCAUCAAUUUUAUUAAAAGUUGUGCUUAAGCUGGAAAAGGCUGGCGCUACGGCGGUGUUAAUGACACUUAGCAUACCUUUCACCAUACUGCUGGACUACCUUUUCCAGUCGCAUGUCCACGGCCCCAUGGAACUCGGCGGUAUCACACUUGUAGUGCUGGGUACCGCUGUGGUGGGAGGGCACUCGUGGUGGGGGCACCGUCAGGAGAUGCGCCGUAAUAAUCUCUUAGAGACGAUGAACUUUGACAAGUCGACGUAGCAGUGUUUUACUUAACACAACAGCAUCAUAAAUCAGUAACCGCCUUCUAUUCGGAGCGCGUUUGAGAGCAUAGUCUCAGAUCGAAAGCGUCCUCUAGUGGAAACAUAUCAUCUUGCAACGUAAAAACAACCAGCGUUUCUUCCAUUACUCAAUUUGCCAGGUAUUAUCACAGAUAAAUAAAAUCCCUCAACACCAUA